AUGGACUCUCAACCACAAGUCGUCAACUCCAUCGAAUUCACAGACCUCACCCAGCCUCAAUUGGAAGACCGACGAAGAAGGCGAUCGAACACGCAACAGGAUAAAGAGAGCGUCUCGAAUAUGCGCAUCCGUCGCCGCGCCCAAAAUCGAGCCUCUCAGCGCGCCUUCCGCGAACGCAAAGAGAAGCACGUUCAGCACCUCGAACACGAACUUGAGGAGCUCGAGGCAAAGCACCAGAACCUUUCAAGAUCUUACACCGAUCUUGACAGCACACACGCGAAAUUGAAAAUGGAGGUCAAGCAGCUACGGAGCGAGCUGGAGUCGGUCAAGUCGUCGCGAGAAGGCUCUGUCAACGAGAACCCACAGUCCAACAGCAACUUCUUCGAUCCCUUCUCCUCCGACGGUAAUUUUUACGGCUCAGGGACAGAAGUGCGGUUCUGA